CAGUAUUAUUUUGAGGGAGGAGACAAUCAACAUCUCUAUAUUAACACACUCUCUCUCUCUGUCUUCAACAAUCACAAAAUGCACAAUACACAAUACACAAUCAAAUACUUUUAACAGUAAAAGCUUAUUAUAGAAUAGAAAAGCAAGCAAAAGAAGUAGCCUUCAUUGGUUUUCUUUCUUUCUCUCUCUCACUUUUCUUGCUGCCUCUGCUAAGCAUCUUUUGCUUUCACUGUGAUUUGGUCUCCCAUUCUCUCCUCCUCCAAGGGGGAAAAAAAAGAAAAAAGAAUUUUGGGUUUCAUUUUUCUCGUCUUUGGUUCCUCUAUUCUCUCCUCUUAUAGCUUAACCUACAAUCCGUUCUACCUCUCUUUCUAUCUAUCAAGCAUUAUUUCUUGGUCACCAAAGUCUUGUCCCUUUUUUUUUCUCCAUUUGAUUUCAACUCUUUAAUCAUUUUCUUCUGUAAACUUUUGGGAUUUUCUCGGAUAUUGAUUUGGAAGAAAAUUCACUGUGCGAUUCUCUUUGUGGGUUUGCUUUAUUAGAGCUGUUGAAUACAGUUUCUAGUGCCAUUCCUUUCUGGGUUUUGUUGAUGUAGCUGUAGAAUUCAGUUAAUUUUUUUUCUUUUAUGAACCUUCGAUUCAGUGAAUUCUCACUCCAUCCAUCUUGACGUCCUUCAGAUUGGUACAAAGUUUUGAUUUUUUUGGCCAAAAUUUCUGUAAAUUACUCUCCUUUUUCUACUUCUCUGUUUCAAUGGGACUUUGUCAUGGAAAACCCAUUGAACACCCACAAAACCAACCCAAUAACUUAACAAUCAGUACUGAGUGUGAUCCACCACCGAAUUCCCGCCGUAACAAGUCCUCAAACUUCCCCUUCUACAGCCCAAGUCCUCUCCCAAGUCUCUUCAAGAACUCGCCAGCGAUAUCGAGCGUGACCUCAACUCCUCUACGCCUAUUGAAACGUCCCUUCCCGCCUCCAUCUCCGGCCAAGCACAUACGUGCAUUGCUUGCCCGAAGACACGGCUCUGUCAAGCCCAAUGAGGCAUCAAUCCCAGAGGGAAGUGAGGGAGAGAUCGGAUUGGACAAGAAUUUUGGGUAUUCUAAACAGUUUGUGUCACAUUAUGAGCUUGGUGAGGAGAUGGGGCGUGGGCAUUUUGGGUAUACUUGCUCUGCCAGAGGCAAGAAAGGAAGCAUGAAGGGCCAGGAUGUGGCUGUCAAAGUUAUCCCAAAAUCUAAGAUGACCACUGCUAUUGCUAUUGAGGAUGUGAGACGAGAGGUGAAGAUAUUACGGGCUUUGACAGGACAUAAGAACCUAGUACAGUUCUAUGAUGCCUAUGAGGAUGAUGAGAAUGUUUAUAUAGCAAUGGAGUUGUGUGAAGGUGGUGAACUAUUGGAUAGAAUACUUUCGAGGGGUGGAAAAUACUCAGAAGAAGAUGCGAAGAUUGUUUUGGUUCAAAUACUAAAUUUUGUUGCCUUCUGUCAUCUCCAAGGCGUGGUUCACCGUGACCUCAAGCCAGAGAAUUUUCUUUUUACUACCAAAGAGGACAAUUCCACUUUGAAGGCAAUCGAUUUUGGACUCUCUGACUAUGUUAGGCCUGAUGAAAGGCUGAAUGACAUUGUGGGAAGUGCAUAUUAUGUAGCUCCUGAGGUUCUGCAUAGAUCAUAUGGUACAGAGGCAGACAUGUGGAGUAUUGGUGUAAUGGCCUAUAUUCUUUUAUGUGGGAGCCGACCCUUUUGGGCCAGGACAGAAUCUGGCAUCUUCCGAGCUGUCCUCAAGGCAGAUCCAAGCUUUGAUGAAGCUCCUUGGCCAUCUUUAUCCCCUGAGGCAAUAGAUUUUGUGAAGAGAUUGCUAAAUAAGGAUUACCGUAAGAGACUAACUGCAGCUCAGGCUCUGAGUCAUCCAUGGCUUGCCAAUCAUCAUGACACAAAGAUACCAUUGGACACGAUAGUUUUCAAGCUUGCAAGGGCUUAUACAUGCUCAUCUUCUUUACGAAAAUCAGCGCUGGGGGCUCUUGCAAAGACUUUAACAGUAUCUCAGCUAGCUUAUCUCCGGGAACAAUUUACACUGUUAGGGCCAACCAAAAAUGGUUUCAUUUCUAUGCAGAGCCUCAAAACGGCAGUAGUGUCGAACUCCACGAACGCCAUGAAGGAUUCACGGGUCCUUGAUUAUGUCCAGAUGGUUGGUUCCAUUCAGUACAGAAAACUGGAUUUCGAAGAAUUUUGUGCAGCUGCCAUAAGCGUCCAUCAGCUGGAAGGUAUGGAUUGUUGGGAGCAACAUGCAACGCGUGCUUAUGAGUUGUUUGAUAAAGAUGGUAACAGACCCAUUAUGAUUGAAGAACUUGCCUCGGAACUUGGGUUGAGCCCCUCGGUACCGGUUCAUCUAGUUCUUCAGGAUUGGAUUCGACACUCUGAUGGAAAGCUCAGUUUCUUGGGUUUUGUAAGACUUCUUCACGGUGUUUCCUCGCGCACGUUUCAGAAGGCUUAAAAUGAAGCCCUGCCAAGCAUUCUAUUAAUUCCACUUUUAUCAUCACUCUACUUGUGCUGAAAUUCUCUCAAGGAGAGACAGCAUGCCCGAUGUGAUCCGAAACAAGCCAGCUUCAUCUUGAUCACAACAAAGACGUGCUGCAAGUUCAAGUUAUAGCCUUCAUGCAUGCAUUUGCUAUCAGCACCCAUUAGUGGCAUUUUCUUCCAGAGUCUAUAAAGCUCUCUCUCUCUCUCUAUCUCUCCUUGAAUUUUCCUGUUUUUGUGCUUGUUUAGAUGAUUGUACAGAUGAGAUUAGAAUGAGAAAGUGUAUUCUAGGGAUUUUUAGCAAAUAGAUUGAAACUGAAGUGAGUUGUGGUUUCAUGGCUUUAUCUCUUGAGUACCCAUCACACCCCCCCUUUUUUUUAGUCUUAAUAAUAAAAGUCUUCUUCAUGUGAUCAUCAGCCACAUGAAGUUAUGAUCAGAAGUUUUGAACA